AUGCGUUGGUCUGUCCUUGAUACAGUGCUAUUGACCGUGAUUUCCUUUCAUCUAAUCCAAGCUCCAUUCACCAAGGUGGAAGAGAGUUUUAAUAUUCAAGCCAUUCAUGAUAUUUUAACCUACAGCGUAUUUGAUAUCUCCCAAUAUGACCACUUGAAAUUUCCUGGAGUAGUCCCUAGAACAUUCGUUGGUGCUGUGAUUAUUGCAAUGCUUUCGAGACCUUAUCUUUACUUGAGUUCUUUGAUCCAAACUUCCAGGCCUACGUCUAUAGAUGUUCAAUUGGUCGUUAGGGGGAUUGUUGGCCUCACCAAUGGGCUUUCUUUUAUCUAUUUAAAGAAUUGUUUGCAAGAUAUGUUUGAUGAAAUCACUGAAAAGAAAAAGGAAGAAAAUGAAGACAAGGAUAUAUACAUUUACGAUAGCGCUGGUACAUGGUUUCUUUUAUUUUUAAUUGGCAGUUUCCACCUCAUGUUCUACAGCACUAGGACUCUGCCUAAUUUUGUCAUGACUCUGCCUCUAACCAACGUCGCAUUGGGGUGGGUUUUAUUGGGUCGUUAUAAUGCAGCUAUAUUCCUAUCUGCGCUCGUGGCAAUUGUAUUUAGACUGGAAGUGUCAGCUCUCAGUGCUGGUAUUGCUCUAUUUAGCGUCAUCUUCAAGAAGAUUUCUUUAUUCGAUGCUAUCAAAUUCGGUAUCUUUGGCUUGGGACUUGGUUCCGCCAUCAGUAUCACCGUUGAUUCAUAUUUCUGGCAAGAAUGGUGUCUACCUGAGGUAGAUGGUUUCUUGUUCAACGUGGUUGCGGGUUACGCUUCCAAGUGGGGUGUGGAGCCAGUUACUGCUUAUUUCACGCAUUACUUGAGAAUGAUGUUUAUGCCACCAACUGUUUUACUAUUGAAUUACUUCGGCUAUAAAUUAGCACCUGCAAAAUUAAAAAUUGUCUCACUAGCAUCUCUUUUCCACAUUAUCGUCUUAUCCUUUCAACCUCACAAAGAAUGGAGAUUCAUCAUCUACGCUGUUCCAUCUAUCAUGUUGCUAGGUGCCACAGGAGCAGCACAUCUAUGGGAGAAUAUGAAAGUAAAAAAGAUUACCAAUGUUUUAUGUUUGGCUAUAUUGCCCUUAUCUAUAAUGACCUCCUUUUUCAUUUCAAUGGCGUUCUUGUAUAUAUCAAGAAUGAAUUAUCCAGGCGGCGAGGCUUUAACUUCUUUUAAUGACAUGAUUGUGGAAAAAAAUAUUACAAACGCUACAGUUCAUAUCAGCAUACCUCCUUGCAUGACAGGUGUCACUUUAUUUGGUGAAUUGAACUACGGUGUGUACGGCAUCAAUUACGAUAAGACUGAAAAUACGACUUUACUGCAGGAAAUGUGGCCCUCCUUUGAUUUCUUGAUCACCCACGAGCCAACCGCCUCUCAAUUGCCAUUCGAGAAUAAGACUACCAACCAUUGGGAGCUAGUUAACACAACAAAGAUGUUUACUGGAUUUGACCCAACCUACAUUAAGAACUUUGUUUUCCAAGAGAGAGUGAAUGUUUUGUCUCUACUCAAACAGAUCAUUUUCGACAAGACCCCUACCGUUUUUUUGAAAGAAUUGACGGCCAAUUCGAUUGUUAAAAGCGAUGUCUUCUUCACCUAUAAGAGAAUCAAACAAGAUGAAAAAACUGAUUGA